AUGUCCGGCUCACCCAAUGCGGAGGCUGAAGGAGUAGUCUCCAAAGUGAAAGUGAAAAAGGAGAUCAAGACAAUCGUGGAGAAUUUGGAAACCAUCCUGGGAAACCUCAAGGAUGUAGCCAAAGAGCUCAAGGAGGUUGUUCAUGACAUUGACACCCUGACUGGUGACCUGCAACUGGAGGAGGACGGACUCACAGACAGCUCCAAGACGGACACGCUCAACUCCAGCUCGAGCUCCACCACCACCACUACCACCGCCUCCAGCCUGGAGAAGAUGAAACUCUUCCCUGAUGACUGCAUCUUCAAACUCCCCGCCCUCAUCCACCCAGUCCCUGUUAACCUUCUUCCAGUCCUGACUGUACUCAAGAAACCCCACCCCCCCUUACCGCCACCCAGACUUACCCCGCUGAGAUCCGAAGAUCACAACAUUAAGAAUCUGCCUCAUCCUACAUUAAUGUUAUCAGGGAAUAUAUCCAAGGCCAGUGGGUCUCUGAUGAGGAAUGGUGGGGGUUUUCCAAUGAAACCAAACAGGGAUUUAUUCUCCUCAAUGCCGUGUUUCAUUUCAAAUGACAGCGGAAUCCCUGAGUCGGGUCUUGUUCCUACAUUACCCAGGCCCAUGCCUCUUCUCCGCCAUGAAAAGAACAAAUGCCCCAAGGCUCCUGGCAGGGAGUCUCGUGAGAGGGAACGUGUCCGUUUCAGUGAGAAGGUUCAGUACCACGGCUACUGCCCGGACUGCGACCUCCAAUAUGAUGUAGACGACACGGAACUACACUUACAGGCUGAGCUGAACGACCUUAGGCUCAGCCCAGUGCAUUGCUGCUCUUCCUCCUCCCCUCCUCCUCCUCAUGCUCAUCAUGAAUUAAUGUUAGAAAACGGCGGCCUCUCUGUCAGCCACAGUUUCCCGCCGACAGCAAACACACCUCCACCUUGUGUGCCUCCUCACCCGCCCUCCCUCAAGCCCCAGAAAACAAUCCUACGCAAAUCAACCACCACCACGGUUUGACGCCGAACCCCCUUGUUCUGUCUAACUUUAAUAUUCUUGAAUCAUUCAUAGUGUUUUCUACUUUA